AUUUUAUGUUAGAAAACAAAAAUGUUAAGAGGAAGAUGAGAGAAGCCGUUAGCUCCACUCCUCAUUCCCAGUAUGGCGAGACGAGUCUACACGACCGAGUUGGGUUGCAUCGCCUGUAACGAACUCAGUGAACUCGGAGCUGGCAAGGAGGCCUGGCUCGUCGAAAACCCUAGCCUCAUCUGCGCCCUGGACACCGAUUCUCUAGCUCUCGCCAACCGAUCCUUCGUUCUCGUUCUGGGUUGGUCCGAAAAUGGCGAUCCCUACAAUUCUCCUGUCAAGAUCCGACCCACUUUGUCACAGAUCGAGACCGAGCGGAUUACUGCUGUUGAGUGGUUGGUUUUUGAUGAGAUUAGGGUUCUCGCGGUUGGGACUUCUAGCGGGUAUUUGAUGAUUUAUUCGUUGGGUGCUGAUUUGAUUCAUAAGCAGAUGAUAAAUCCUGGACGGAUUCUAAAGUUUAGAGUCCGUGGAACUAAGAGAGAUCUGACACAGGGUUCAUCCUCAGAGGAGGUUUGUGUUGUUAUGCCUGGUGUAAUUGCUCGUUUUGAUGGGGCUGAUUUACAGAGUAUGCUGCAAAGAUGGUUUCAAGAUACACACUCUCAGUUUUGGGAUGAGAAACCAAAAAGGAGAGAUCAAGAGGAUUCGGAAAAGUCUUAUGGAAGACUGCCUUACCAGCUAUGGAAUGUUAGCAAGUAUGGGCCAUGUGCUGAUGCAGCAAUUACUGGGACAAUGCCUCCUCCACUCAUGGAACUCCAGUCAAGUCAACGCUAUUAUUGUGCAGUGACUAUUGGAGAUGAUGCUGUGAUUUCUGCAUUCAGGCUUUCAGAAGACAGAAAUAGGUCUUUAGUGGGAGCUAUCUUGUCAAAAGUUGUGCCUGCAACCUUUUCAACAAUAGCCUCUUUUUCUAAAAUGAUAUGGAGGAGUGAGCAAAAAUCACCAAAAAGAUCGGAACCAAAGCCUCAACCAUUUGCCCGAGCUUCUCCUUUGACAUGUUUGAAAGAUCACCCAAGAAAGGGCGAGAAGCUUACUUUAUCACCUAGUGGUACAUUGGCUGCCAUAACAGAUUCACUGGGCCGUAUAUUGCUAUUAGAUACUCAAGCACUCGUUGUAGUACGGUUAUGGAAGGUUUUCUCUCAUCAUGCUCACCCUCAAAUAUUUUUCAUGAGACAACCAGUCAUUUCCCCUAACAAUGGACUUUACUUCUUUCAGGGAUAUCGUGAUGCUAGCUGCCUGUUCACGGAGAUGCUAGUCAGCAAAGAUACUGCAGCAUCAAGUUCCUCUUACUAUGAGCCAGUGAAGAGUGAUUAUUGCCUGUGUUUAGCUAUUCACGCCCCACGAAAGGGAAUUGUUGAGGUAUGGCAGAUGAGGACUGGACCACGCCUUCUAACUGUUCAAUGCUCCAAAGGCAGUAAAAUACUGCAACCCACCUACAGGUUUGGGUCAUCAAUGGGCUCUCCUUAUGUCCCAUUGGAAGUUUUCCUGUUGAAUGGAGACUCUGGUCAAUUAUCAGUUCUAAACCGAUCUCUUAAUUGACUUUUUGAAUGGAACGGCAUUCUUUCUCAUUGAUAUACAUUCAAAAGUAAAAUCAUGUUAAUCUGAAUGAUCUAAGCCUGUUAACUUUCAUCAACAAGUAGUUUGUGCACUUCUUGUAUCUUAGGCUGAAUUUGAAUAAGAUAGAAAGAAAGUACAUCCUGUAAAAA